UCUGUUCGUCAGCUUGUCAUUUGGUGCCCUCUGGAGCAGCGGGGAAACUUUGUCGAGUUUCUCCGUCACUUUUAUAUCGUUUGAGGUCGGAAACAGUAAAUUUAAUGAACAUUUAUUGAACCUGAAUUCUUUCAUAUUUUAUAAAGUAUAUUUCUGAGCUGCGGGGCGACUUUCCAUCUUUAAACCAGACGUUUUUGUAAAGGACCACAGUUCCUGCGCUGCUAACAGUUAGCGGUAACUGUAACUGUAACGUCACUUUUAACGUGAACGGACGGAAAGCUAAUGUAGCUAACUGCUAACCGACUGGGACAGAGCGGAAACUUUUCCCCGGACUCUGAGCUCUGAUUCGGCCCUUUUCUGUCAGCUUUCAGGGUGAUUCUGAGUCCAGAAGUUGUAACGUUUGAAGAGAAGUUUACGGAACAUGGAGCCCGACAGCAGCAGCAGCUAACUGGGAGCAGUCAUACUUCCGCUCUCCGGUAGUGCCCUCCGGUAGUGCUCUCCGGUAGUGCUCUCCGGUAGUGCCCUCCGGUAGUGCUCUCCAGCGGCUGUCUCACUCACAUUGCUGGAGGAUGGCGGCAGACUCCACCGUUAACUUCAACCUCCUCCACCGGACCUGUAAGCUGGUGGUGCUGCUCUGCUUCCUGCACAUCUCCGUCACCGUCGUCUUCUACGUCCGCUCCCUGGACAUCCGGUUCGCCUUCGUCCAGAACCAGCAGUCCCACAGCAAUGUGACCCAGCCGAACCAGGUCCGACAGUUCUCCUCCUCAACCGGAGCCAAGGAGGUCCAGCGGGAGGAGCAGAGAGAUGAGCAGAAGCCUCCGGAGGAGAGGAGGGUCGAAGAGCCGCAGAAGAAGCUGCAGAAAUGUCCUGAAACAUCUCCUCUGCUGGUGGGUCCUCUGCGAGUGGAGUUUAACACUCCGGUGAGUCUGGAGCAGAUCAAGAAGGACAACCCAAACCUGCAGUCGGGUGGACGCUACAGACCAAAAGACUGCGAGGCGCUGCAGAAGGUCGCCAUCAUUAUCCCCUUCCGCAACCGGGACGAACACCUCAAGUACUGGCUGUACUACCUGCACCCCAUCCUGCAGAGGCAGCAGCUGGACUACGGAGUCUAUGUCAUCAACCAGGACGGGGAAGAGAUCUUCAACCGAGCCAAGCUGCUGAACGUGGGCUACACCGAGGCCCUGAAGGAGUACGACUACGAGUGCUUUGUCUUCAGCGACGUGGACCUGAUCCCCAUGGACGACCGCAACACCUACAGGUGCUUCAGUCAGCCCCGACACCUGUCCGUGUCCAUGGACAAGUUCGGCUUCAGGUUACCUUACAAUCAGUACUUUGGGGGCGUGUCCUCGAUGAGUAAAGAACAGUACCUGAAGAUCAACGGCUUCCCCAACAACUACUGGGGCUGGGGGGGGGAGGACGACGACAUCUACAACAGGCUGGCGUCUAAAGGAAUGUCGAUCUCCAGACCGAGUGGAGAGACGGGAAAAUGUCGAAUGAUCCGACACGACAGAGACAAAAAGAACGAUCCCAACCCUCAGAGGUUUGAUCGGAUCGCUCACACGAGGGAAACGAUGUACAAAGACGGGAUCAACUCUCUGUCCUACCGCGUGGUCCGAGUGGACAAGUUGGACCUGUUCACGAAGAUCACGGUGGACGUUGGGAAACCGUGAGGACGGGAUCCGGAUUGUACAAACCAAAUGUGCCUUUGACACUUGAAUCAUUAAGUUCUGGUGCAGGUGGACCAGGUCCAAGUGGACCAGAACAUGCUGGACUCAGACGGCUCUUCCUGCUGUUUCUUUGAUUCUUCUCGUUUUUGCACAAACGGACGGCCGCCUCCGUCUGUCGGACCCCGCCGCUGCUGCACAAUAUUAAUCAGAGACAAUCUGCUGGGCCUCGUGGUCCGGGUUUUACUGGUGGGGGAUUAUGGGUAAAAAAAAAUACAGGGUGGGUUUAGAUCUGCUCUGAUCUUGAUCCUGGUUCUGUGCACUGAUCUGGUUCUAAAAAGUCCAACAUCAGAACAAGCUAAGAAGAAAAACUAAAUUCAAACAACAAAACCAAUUGGGAUCAACUUCCUGUGACUUUUCACAAUAAAAGCCUCCUGCUGGUUGUUUAUGUCAGCAGAAAGAAUUAAACUUUAUUUUUAUUCUUUAAAACUAAUUUAUUUAUAUGAGACUCUAGAGCAGCUGCAGCGGUCUGAUGAUCAUCAUAAAGUUUAAUUUAUUCAUCUUUCAUUCGUAUAUUCAGAAUGAAAACAUAAGAUUCAUUCAAACUAAUCAAACUGUUUAAUUACAUCAGAUAAUCAAUAAGAUGUAAUAUGUCUCAGGAGGAAAGUAAAGACUGAUCAUUUCCACAAUAAUCGCCAAUCAUAUUGCAGUAACAUUAUGUCUUAAUUGUUUCCUGUGGCCCGAAACACAAAGCCCGUCACGGUGCCAGUUUCACUUCAGAACCAGAUCUAAACACCAACCUCUGUGUGUGUGUGUGUGUGUGUGUGUGUGUGUGCGUGCGUGUGUGUUAAUCCAAUCAGCUGAUCCCGAUUGAUCCUGAUCAGCCUCGAACCAAAACCCCUCCAUUGAUUGUGUCUCCAGGCUCUCAUCAGAGCUGCUGGUACCAAAGAGUUAAUUUAAUUAUUGAUCACCAAUAUCAUUUAUUAUCAAUUAGUGUGUGAUGUUUUCUAUCUUUAUUAGUUGACAGGUUUGUUUGUUUCUCUGCAGACCAAAAAUAUUCUUUAUUGUUGAUGAACAAAUCACCGUCAAUGUGCCUUAUAAUGGGUGAACUGGUGUGAGAGAGGGUGAACCAGUGUAAGGGUGAACUGGUGGAGGGAACCAGACUGUAAAUGAAAAUAUAAGAGCUGAUCUGAA